AUGCUACGCCGCUCGCCUCAGCUCCUGCGUCUGCGCCUUGCGGGGGUGUUCACCUGCAGCGCUGCACUGUACGGUCGCACCGGCGCUUUUCACCCCUUCUCGCAAAAGGAUGAGGAUGACCUGCUACAGGUGGUGAAGACAAAGCCCCGCCACGUCCUCCGGCAUGUGCGUCAGCAGGUCUGGCGCUCUCGCAAGCGAGAACUGCAGUUUCGCAACACAGUGACGCACCUGAUGAUUAUCCUGCAGGAGUUCCUCCGCAAACAGCUCAUCGACCCUGCACAUGCAUCUCAGAUCAUGGAGGGCAUUCUGGAAGAAUGUGUCAAGUACGGGCAGCACGAUAUGGCGCACCUGCUCUUCCGCGCAUUCCUACGCUUCCGCAAGUACGGCUGUGUCAUGACCGUGAAUUCCAUCCGCUGUUUGUUCGAGUCCUAUCGCCACAAUGACACCGCCGACCUGAUGCUUCAGCUCGCGCAGGAGAUGAAGGAGGUGGCGGAGCUGCGGCCGCUCUGCAUCGCCGCGUACUUGUUUUCGAACAGCGAAGCUGAGGCGCAGGCGCUCUGCGAGGGCCUGUCGCUGACAGAGCUAGGCUCCGACGACGUUGUGGCGCUCAUUGCCGGGUACGAGAAAUUGAAGCGCGCCGAUAAGCUCCAGGGGAUUCUCGACGCUGUCCCGACAAUGUCCACUGCCCACAUUCGAAUGGAGGUGUGCGCGGCGCUGUUUCGCGCCUUUUUCAAGCUGGACAAUGACGAAGGCUUCACGCGGACGCUGCAGGUGGCUUUGGAGCAGAAGAUGCCGCUCUCCGCUGAACUGUGCGCUACGGUUCUGCGGCACAAGAUGCGACACGUGACGAGUGUGGAGGAGAUCGCGGCCAUCGAGGAGGAGCUGAGGGAGCUCGGGUACGUGCCGGACGCAACGUGUGACUCUAUCGUCAUCACCGCGUACGCCCGGCUGCUGCACUUUGGCGACCGCGGUAGCGAGGAGCUCAUGCUUGCCAAGGUGGACACGCUGCUGUCGUCCAUUGAGUCCCGCCUCAAGCAAGGCGAUCCUGACAUGGACAUCAGCGCUGCCCACAUCCGGGCCGUCAUCCGCGGCUACGGGGCCGCUGGUCGCCCUGAAGCGAUUAAGGACGCAUGGCAGCGGAUGCAGUUCGGUUCUCUCACGAACGACGUGCGCAUCUACAAUGAGCUGCUCAAGUGGUUUGCGCUCAUGGGCAACGUAAAGGACGUGCUCGCCAUGAAGCGCGAGAUGGAGAGCAACGGGGUCAGUGCGGAUGCCGUCACUUACACGUGGGUCUUUCGCGCUCUGGGCAAGUACUAUCCGCGGCAGGUGGAGGAGUACUACAAGGAGAUGCAGGAGCGGCAUGUUCGGCCUGAUAUUCACCUCUACACCACGCUCCUCGGCAUCUUUGGUGACCUCGGGAACAUGGACACUGUCGACGCGCUUAUGACGGAGCUGCGGAGGCGUGAGGAGGCGGGUACUGUCCAGCUCACGCCCAUCACGUUUGCCGUGCUCAUCCGCAUCCACGGCGGUGAUCUCGACAAGGCGAAAGCUCUCUACGCGGAGGCCCAGCAGCGCAACGUCAGCGAUCACCCGCACGUCCAGACAAGCAUGCUGCACACCCUCGCCGUCCACAAGGGCGGCGGCGCCGCCGAUGUCGAGGAGUUUUUGAAGACGCUGCCGACCUGGAGCACCGACGUGUACAAUGUUCUCUUGCAUAUGUACGGAAAGGGCAUGGAUCGUGAGCGGUUUGACGCGACGCUGGAAAAGAUGAAGUCGGAAUCUGUCGAGAUGAACGACGUCACGUUUGGCACCCUCAUCACCGCGUUUGCUCGCUGGAGCGAUCGCGAGAAGGUGAACGAGGUGAUUCAGCUCCUCAAGUCCCACGACGGCGGAAUCUCCGCCACGUUUUACUCCGUGCUCGCCUCCUCUCUAAGUCGCAUGGGCAACCAGGAGGGGGUCGAGAACGCCUGGGAGGACCUCCUGGCCUCCCGCCUCUUCCCAGACACAGAGGUGUACAACCAGUUCCUGUCUCUCUACAGCCGCCAGAACAACGUGUCCAAGAUGCAGGGCGUACUUGACAACAUGAUGAAGCAAGUGCCCCCAAAUCCAGUCACUGCCACCACGGUCCUCGACAUGCUCGGCAAGUCCGGUCGCAUGUCGGAGAUGGAAUCCCUCUUCGACGACAUGAAGUCAACGCCAGACACCGCGCCAACGUCCGUGACGUUUCACCAGGUCAUGAACGCCUACGCGAAGACCGGGGAUGUGGUGAAGAUGGAGAAGGUGCACGAGGAAUUCCUGGAGAAGGGCUACACGGAGAACAACGUUACCUACAACAUUCUCAUGGACGGCCACGGGCGUUCGAAAGGAUAUGAGCAGAUGGAGGAGCUGCGCCAGAAGCGCUGUGCCGCCGGCAUCCCGAUUGACGACAUCACGUACUGCAUCAUGAUCGCCGCUUACGGUCGCUCCCGUCUCGAGAAGGAUGUGCAGCGUCUUUUCGAUGAAGUCAUCAAAGAGGAGAACCGACCGUUACUGACGAAGCGAGUGGUUUGGUCAGCGAUGGACGCCUUCUGCCGCUGUAACUCGACAGCUGGGAUCGAAAAGUCUGUGGAGCUGCUGCGGACGCUGAACGGCGAGGACAAGGCGCUCAGCUCCGCCGACUACUGCGGCCUCAUCCCCUACUACUGUCGCAUGGGCCACAUGGAGAAGGUCGAGGACGUCGUACGACUCCUUCACGACGGAGGCGACGCCGACGCACUGACGUACAGCGCCCUCAACGCCAUUGCGCGCGGCUAUGCCCGAGCCGGGCGCUUUGAUAAGACGGUGGAGACGCUGCAUCAGAUUCGCGAUCGCAACUGGGUACCCGAUGCGGCGACGGCGCUGCAGCUUUCAGGGGCCUUCCUCAAAGCAGGUCUUCAUGAGCAAGCGCAGCAGGUCAUCGAGUGGCGUCGACGCUACGCCAAAGUGUCGGGUAGCCCCGCCGUCACCACCAUAAAUGAUAGCCAGAAUUAG